AUGGAUCCCGGCGGCGGCGCGUCACUGCCAUCGUCCUGCCCUGACGCUCGCAAACGGCGCGUAUCCUACUUCUACGAGCCGACAAUCGGCGAUUACUACUAUGGACAGGGCCACCCGAUGAAGCCCCACCGCAUUCGCAUGGCGCACAAUCUCAUCGUCCACUACUCCCUCCACCGCCGCAUGGAAAUCAGCCGCCCCUUCCCCGCCGAUUCCACCGAUAUACGGCGCUUCCACUCGCCGGACUAUGUCGACUUUCUUUCCUCGGUCUCCCCCGAUACGCUUCACGACCACACACACGCGCGUCAGCUCAAGCGCUUCAAUGUCGGGGAGGACUGCCCCGUUUUCGACGGCUUGUUCGAUUUCUGUCAGGCAUCGGCCGGGGGCUCCAUUGGCGCCGCCGUCAAGCUCAACAGGCAGGAUGCCGAUAUUGCGAUUAAUUGGGCAGGCGGGUUGCAUCACGCAAAGAAGAGCGAGGCUUCAGGGUUUUGCUAUGUCAAUGAUAUUGUGCUGGGGAUUUUAGAGCUGCUUAAAGUUCAUAGGCGUGUGCUAUAUGUUGACAUUGAUGUUCACCACGGAGAUGGUGUCGAGGAGGCUUUUUAUGUGACUGACCGGGUAAUGACGGUCUCGUUCCAUAAAUUUGGUGACUUUUUUCCUGGAACUGGACAUAUUAAAGACAUUGGGGUAGGUGCGGGGAAGUACUAUGCUCUUAAUGUCCCGUUAAAUGAUGGGCUCAAUGAUGAAAACUUCCGUUCUUUAUUCCGCCCCAUUAUGCAAAAAGUUAUGGAAGUUUACCAGCCAGAUGCUGUUGUUCUUCAGUGUGGGGCAGAUUCAUUGGCUGGCGACCGGUUAGGUUGCUUUAAUUUAUCAGUUAAGGGCCAUGCAGAUUGUCUUCGAUUCUUGAGGUCGUUCAAUGUUCCUCUCAUGGUUUUGGGUGGGGGAGGGUAUACAAUAAGGAAUGUUGCUCGUUGCUGGUGUUACGAGACUGCAGUGGCAGUUGAUGUUGAACCAGAUAAUAAGCUGCCUUACAAUGAAUAUUUUGAGUACUUUGGCCCGGAUUAUACACUUCAUGUGGAACCAGGCAAUAUGGAAAAUCUGAAUACAGACAGAGAUUUAGAGAAAAUCAGAAACAUGUUACUUGAUCAACUUUCAAAACUACAGCAUGCGCCUAGCGUCCCCUUUCAGUACAUGCCUCCAACCACAGAAGUUCCAGAAGAGCGAGAAGAUGACAUGGAAGUGAGACCCAAACCUCGUAUAUGGAAUGGCGAUGCCGAGUAUGAGUCUGAUGAUGAUGAGAAUGGGAAAUCUGCACAGCGAAGUUUGAAUGGUGAAGUUACAUAUGAAACAAGUACAGAUAUGAGGGGUAGUUCUGAUACCGUCAAGGAGGAGGAUAGGACUGAUAAACAGAAUCAAAGAUGA